AUGUAUCCAUUUGCUGCCUACGUCCUCCGAAAGUAUCAUGAAUUGACAGGAUGGAACGAAGACUUUUAUUCAAAACUAACGAGAUCAUCAACAGCAAUACUUGACUUUGACGUACCCCACGGAGUCAACUUCGCCAUCUCCAAAUCUCCCACACCGCUCUUCAAGACCACGUAUACCCUUCAAGCCCUCCCCACACUUCAUGGCUCUCUGGGAUACAUAUUCACAUCGUGUCCAUUAGAUGUGGGCGAUUCGCAUGUGGUCCCGUUUGAAGACCUCUUGGGGAGGUUCAAGAUCUAUGGCCCUCCAAAGCGCCCGGAAGGGAAGGAGGAGGAGUGGUUAGCUGGGCAGAGAGUGGAUACGAGAGACUACUUAUUAUAUGGACGCAUGUACGUGCCAGCACAACGAAUAGAAGCGCUCUAUUCCAUUCGCAUAUCUCCCACCCUGCAAGGCACCAUCGCUGCUAUAUCCGAGCCCGGUCGGUUUGGUACCCGACCACAGCGCUAUGGUGCACCUACUACACGAUCCAACCUCAUGUUCGGGUUGGAACAUGACAUCGGCCGGUGGUGCACGGAGUACUCGUACAGUGCGGAAGAUGGCAUGUGGGGUGCAAGGGUAUUACACCAUUUUGGGAGGUUGGCAGGAGAGGCAGGGUCGGAUAAGUGGGUGCUAGGGGAAGGAGAGAAGAGGGUAGAUGAGGAAGACCCGAUGCCCGGCGGCUUAAGAGGACGUUUCUCUGCUGGGGCAGAGGUGUACUUCAGCGCGAAGGAGAAGAGUGCCGGAGUCUCCGCUGGAGUACGCUUUACCACACUACCAGAUGCAGCUCCACCGUCCCUCACGCAAACGCAUCCCCCACCCCUCACAUCCUCAUCCCAGCCCCCGACCACAAUAACCGCAACUUUCAACCCCAUCGUCGGCCAGUUCUCGGGCGCGUAUGCAGCACGAGUAUCACGCGAUAUCACCUUGUGCUCGAGAUACGACUUCAACAUGUACAGCUAUGAGACCGACUGGACCAUGGGCGCUGAGUGGUGGAUGCGCCGGAGCAAGGCCCGACCGCUUGCGCCUGUACCUGUGCCCACCUCCAGCCAUGCCGUGGCACCAACACCACCGACACCACAGGUACCAGCACAGAUACUAGCUCCGCCUAAUCCUGCAACAGAAGUAGAGGAAGACGAGAUCCAGGGGGUGGUCAAGGCCCGCAUAGGUACGGACGCAAGUGUGUCCCUCAUGUGGGAAGGCCGGUUGCGAAACACGCUUAUUUCCCUCGGUGUACUAUCAAACCUCGCAAGUCCGGCGAAGCCCAUCGUAAACAUCGGCGUGGAGCUAGCGUACUUCUCCUUCGAUCAAUAGUUCGUAGUCCACGCGAUGUGGGGCAUCGUCGAUGCAAUCAUAACAGACUUCCUAUCCUAAGGGGCUACAGAACCGCCGGAAUGAAUGCGGCUAUAAUACACACAACACAGCAAGUAGAUCGUACACCAGAAGCAAAAUGUCGGGGCAAAGGCCCUGUGAGGUACAUUUAUGAGAAAGAAGUUCAAGAU